AUGGAAGGGUCUACAGAACAGAAACGGUGGAGGGAUCCGUUCGCUGGGGAGCCACCUACCGACCCAACCCGCACUCUACAGGUGAUCGCGGCUGGAUUGCCUCGUACUGGGACAAUCUCGCUCACACUCGCUUUAUCAUGGGCUCUUCACGGCGAUGUCUGCCAUGGGGGUUCAGCCUGCCUUAGAGGGAAAGAGCAUAUCAUCAAAGGAUGGACGAAAGUUCUGGACCCAGGGAAAAGUGUUUCACAAGAAGAGGUCGAUAACACAUUGAAGGAGUUGCUAGCCGGAUAUGUUGCCACUACCGAUGCUCCAGCGAUAUUCUUUGUCGAAGAACUAGUUCGGCUCUAUCCAGAUGCAAAGGUCGUUUGUACAAUCCGCGAGCCCAAUAGGUGGUGGGACAGCUACCAAGAGCUCAUCAACACGCUUGACAAUCCAUUUUUUAUCUUGCUACAGCUGGUUCAGCCCACGUUGAGAUACUCGUUAGCGUGGAAACUGGCAAUUCUGAAGCGAAGAAGAAAAAUCUACCCCCCAGAAUUCGAGCCUUUGGGUCCUCAUUUCAUGGAGAUUCACUCGGAGUAUCUAAAGCGAGUUGUGCCCGAGGAUCGCCUAUUUUUCUUCAAUAUGAAAGAUGGUUGGGAGCCGCUGUGUCAAUUCCUGGACGUCCCAGUGCCUGAUCGGCCUUUUCCUCAAGUGCAUGAUAGAGCCUCGAUGAAAUCUAGCUGGGCACCUUAUUGGUGGAGAGGCGCUGCGAUAUGGAUGGGAAUUCUGGCAGCGGGUUACGGGCUGAGCAAAGCUGUAUCCUAUGCUAGAGCGCACUGA